CGACUGCGAAAGGAGGGUAGCACGUAGACGAUCUUGUCAUUGACAUACCCAAACAGGCAUGCUUUUUGCAUGUUGUUAGCCAUGGUUUGUUGCGCAGCAAUUCGCCCACCAUGAGAUCAGUUUUGCGAGCCUCGAAGCUCUGCGCGGCGGCGACACGUCCUGCGCCAGGCCAUGGCUUCGCAACAUCCUCCCCGUCCGCCUACCAGGCGACACUUGUGAGGUAUUCUACCAGGAAAUACUCACCUCCCGACCGCAAAACAUCCAAAUACGACGUCUUCAGGAACAUGAUUCUCACUCAGUUCAACGUCGUCAUUGACAACAUGGGACGUUGGUCAGAGACCAAUACCGAGUACCGCAACUUUGGCGUUCGAAGCGAGUAUGGCCUCAAUAACGAGAUCGCCCUAUUCCGCGACACCAUACAAAAAGCGAUUGGCUUGGCCAACAAGGGUGCAACAUUACGCAAGGAGAACCCGUUGUUCUGGUCCCUACGAAACGCCUUCAUCCGUGGCGAUGUCAAGGGCCUGACGGCAGAGCUGCGAUACUCGUUCCAGAGCUUCAUGCUAAGAUCGAAACUGACACACUCGACGGCGCGGCAGAGGAAGUUGGCUGAUUUGCGGUAUCCAAUGGAAUGGUUCCCCGCCACACGAGCCAUGCAGCGCACUAUUCACCUACACGUUGGGCCGACGAACUCUGGAAAGACGUAUCGGGCGUUGCAGGCCCUGAUGAACUCCAAGUCCGGUAUUUAUGGAGGACCUCUUCGUCUCCUGGCCCACGAGAUCUACUCUCGGUUCCAGGCCAACGGGAAGCCUUGCGCCAUGGUCACAGGCGAGGAACAGCGGAUACCGGAUGCCGACAAUUACUUCAUCAGCUGCACCGUCGAGAUGACACCUCUGAAUCGAAUUGUUGAUGUGGCGGUAAUAGACGAGAUUCAGAUGAUUGGUCAUGAUGAGCGAGGGCGGGCGUGGACUCAGGCACUUCUUGGCGUCAUGGCGAAAGAGGUCCAUCUCUGCGGCGAAGAACGAGUUGUCGACCUCAUCAAGUCCAUCUGCUCAAGUAUCGGCGAUAAGUGCAUUGUUCACCGGUAUGAAAGACUUAGUCCGUUGCAAACGAUGGAGAAGAGUCUCGGCAACGAUCUUUCCAACCUGGAAAAGGGCGAUGCCGUUGUGGCUUUCACGCGUGUCAAUCUUCAUGGUCUGAAGAACGCCAUCGAGGAGACAACCGGCCGUCGAUGCGCUAUUGUCUACGGUUCACUGCCACCCGAGACUCGAGCGCAGCAGGCAGCUCUGUUCAACGAUCCCAACAAUGACUACGAUUUCUUGGUGGCUAGCGAUGCCAUCGGCAUGGGCCUGAACCUAGAGAUCAAACGCGUCAUCUUUGAGACGUCAAUGAAGCACGACGGUACACAGCAUCGCACGCUGACAACAUCCGAAAUCAAACAAAUUGGUGGCAGAGCAGGAAGAUACAAAACUGCUCGGCAGGCAGCUACUGCAACGAGUGAUAAAGCCAACCAAGUUGAAGAGAAGAAGGUUGGCUACGUUACAACGCUUGCUGACGAGGAUUUGCCCGCGAUUGCAAAGGGGUUCAACACCGAAACGGCACCGCUCGAGGCUGCAGGUAUUCACCCCCCAUCGCACAUUAUCGAGCAGUUCGCCGAAUACUUCCCUCCCGAUACGCCUCUCAGCUUCAUCCUCUUGCGAUUGCGCGAACUUGCGCCCGUCUCGGAGCGCUUCACAGUCUAUGUUCCUGAGAUCAGCGCCAAGAUCGCAGACACCAUCCAGGAGUUCCCCUUGACGAUUCAGGACAGCAUCACCGUUCUUCACGCGCCAAUCUCACUUCGGGAGCAGGGACAGAUGGACCUUCUCAAGGCCAUUGCCAAGUGCAUCUCGACGAGGAGCAACGGCGCCCUGUACGAUAUUCAGCCCAUCCAGCUGGAGCUGCUCGACGCCACGCUCGACGACUUCAACAAUCAGGGAAGACGGUACCUUCACGCCAUCGAGUCCCUGCACGCGGCCAUCACCUUGUACUUGUGGGUGAGCUACCGCUUCCCCAAUAUCUUCACGAGUCAGGCGCUUGCGUUCCACGUCAAGGACGCAGUCGAGGAAAAGAUUGAGUUCUAUCUCGAGACCAACGCCGUCUUCGAUCCUGAGGUGCACACCAAGGUCCGUGAGAAACGACGCAGGGAGGCGAGGGCGAAAGAUAUGAAGGCGGAGAUGGAGGUGGAGCUACGCAGACUCCAAGAAGAGGAAGACGAAAUUAGUGCAGAGAAGCUCGCUGGUCUCGCGCCUUCUGAGAAUGACUCAAUCGUUUUCGACCAGAGCUCUGCGGGGCUCGAUGAGCCUCUGGUGGUGGAUGAGAGCGAUUAUGAGACCGGGCUGAAAGACGAGGAGGAGAAGCCGAAAGAGGAGUCUGCCGUCUAACAGGACAGUCUCAGACUGGAGGCUGACAAGGAGCUCCGGGAGCUUCAUCAGAUGUAAAACAAUGUAGUCUUGUAGCUACACUCACUUGUAUAAUAUUCUGUCUGGUUGCACAGGCAAAGCAUAUCGAAAGGCAUGAGUAGGGAGGCUUGGUUGGGGCCUUGUACACUACAACACGGACACAGAAG